GAUCGAAGUUCGCCCGCCUUCGCUCACGUUAUAGGCGAACCGUCGACCAAUCGCCUUGUCGCUCCCAUUACAAACAGCGGGCGACACGGCUUGUCGUCCGUCGCAUCCCUAGGGCCUGGACUCCGUGCAAUGGACCCAUGUCAAUAUUCAGUGGUAUAUAGUAGCGCGGGGAGCGCAGGUCAUCCGCUACCUGCCCAUUCACUUCCAUCUGAAGCUGCGCAAUACUCGCAAUGAAUAACAACACAGACCUGAAGGGCAAGACUGUUAUGGUCACGAAUGUCGCGAGCAGCUCAGGCAGGAGAGUGGCAAUGCUGUUCUCACAAGCCGGCGCGAAAGUCGUAGCAGUUGACCCAGACGAUAUAUCGGGUCAGAAGGUCGCCAACAGCAUUCGCGCUGCCGGUGGUGAAGUAAUGUUCGCAAAGUGUAAUAUGACGGAAGAGAAUGAAGGGGAGGCUACUGCUGAGGCGGUCGCGAGCUUUGGGUCUCUUGAUUCAGCCGUAAACAUCGUUUCCUGGGGCUCACAUUGGCACGGCGAACUGCUGGACCAGCGUGUGGAUAGCGAUGCUUUCCUGGAGACCUGUCUACGAGGUCUAAGAAAUUGCCUGGAUACGCAGACGGCGUACAUGAGGAAGCAUACGAAGGGCGGCUCUAUCACUUUUGUCCGUCAAUCCAACACUAUGGCGGACUUGCCGCAGUUUGACCAGGCCCUCAUCGAUCUCGUACGAAAGGCAUCGAGAGUUCAUAAGCAAGCCAAUAUUCGCAUAAAUGUGGUUCUGGAGCCCUGGAGAGCGCCGAUACUGACCAGCCACACGUCUACGGACUCAUCCCUCGCGCUUCACUUGGACGCUCUCCACGAUCCAGCGAAGAGUUGUCUUUGGCUGGCGUCCGAGGCAGCUUCCUUUGUAAAUGGCUCCGUAAUCAGUUCAGAGUCUGGCUAUGCGUACGCUUCCUGAACGCCUAUCUGAUUUAUACCCCUAAACAAUCUCCCUACUAUCAACAAUGGAAGUCGUCAGCGGAGCUCUGCCGUAGGUCGGACGAUAACGAGGCGUUGCACUGACGAUGCACAGAAAGAUGUGUGCUACUGCGCACGCGACGGAAAGUCCGUCGCCUCAAGCCAACUCCUCGUCCGCAAAUAUGGCCACCUUCGGUACUCCGUCUUCCCCGAUGACGCCACGAUACAUCCCCUCACAGUUCAUCGGCAUGGCCCCUGAAAAGAGUGUCAUUGGAAGGGACAUCAGGUCGCCA